AUGACCGAGAAGAACGUUGUAGUGAUCGGGGCGGGUGUUGCAGGUCUUACCACUGCACUUCUGCUGUCGAGGAUCCCCGGUUAUAGAAUUGUUGUGGCUGCCAAACAUAUGCCAGGUGAUUAUGACAUCGAAUACGCCUCUCCAUGGGCAGGGGCCAACUAUAUGCCUGUCUCUUUGCGAGGCACCGAUGCCGCAGAGUGGGAUAGAAAAACGUGGAAGGCAUUUAAUGAACUAGCACUCAAUUUCCCAGAAUCCGGCAUUCAUUUCCAAGACUGCGAAAUAAGGAAUCGGUCUAAGGACGUUGGCUCUGCCACAGCCGACUGGUUCUCCGAAUUGCUUUCGUCCUCGCCGUGGUUCAAAGAUGUUGUUCCAAGUUUCCGCACUCUCUCAAAAGAGGAACUUCAACCAGGAAUUGAUUCGGCAAUCAACUUUACUUCAGUCUGUAUAAAUACAGCCCUUUAUCUUCCAUGGCUUGUGUCGAGGUGCCUUGAAAAUAAGGUUAUUUUCAAAAGAGCCAUCCUUGGCCACAUCUCCGAGGCUUCUUCCCUCAACAUCCAUCCAUCGGGUCAUGUUGACCUUGUUAUCAACUGCACGGGUCUGAUGGCUUCCAAGCUUGGUGGGGUAGAAGACCAAACUGUGGUCGCAGCUCGUGGACAAAUCGUGAUUGUUCGCAACGAAGUGGAAAAAAUGGUUAACCUUUCAGGAACGGAUGAUGGGGACGAGGAGGCAUGCUAUAUCAUGGCCAGGGCUGCCGGUGGGGGUACGGUCAUUGGUGGAUCGUACCAGAAGGGUAACUGGGAGUCUCAGCCAGAUCCUAAUCUCGCAGUACGGAUCAUGAAGCGUGCCGUCCAAGCUUGUCCGGAGUUAACAGGGGGGAAGGGGAUCGAGGCCCUUGAUGUGAUCCGACAUGGUGUCGGGUUGAGGCCAGUUCGAGAAGGAGGCACAAGAAUUGAAAAGGAGAAAGUGGGUGAUUUAUGGGUUGUGCACAACUAUGGCGCUGGGGGUGCAGGAUAUCAAUCAUCAUAUGGGUGCGCCGAGGCUGCGGUGAGGCUCGUGCGGGCUGCUUUGGAAAUUCAAACGAAGCUGUAG